ACAUAGUGAAUAAUAACUGUUAAGUGUGUACUUGUGACAAGUAUGUGCUUUCUAACUGUUAUGUAUCUGUUAGAUCAAACUUGCAAAUUGUGUUGUUCAGACUGUCUUUAUUAAUUUUUGUUUCACUGGUCAUUAAUUGAGAGAGAUGUGUGCAAUCUCCUGCUACUACUUUCUAACUGACUUCCUAUAGUUCUAACAACUUUUCUGAUGUGUGGUGAGAUUAUUUGAUUAGGGAUGUAAAAGUUUAACAUUAUUUUCUUGAUGGAUUGAGUCUUUUCUAUUAUGCUGUGAUCCUCUCCAUGCUUAAUUUAGCUUUUUGUGUUAGUCUUAUUUAGUCUAUCUCACCUUCCUUUUGGUGGUAAUUUACCUGGAAUAUACUUUUCCUUUAUUUUGCUGUCACUUUUUUUAUGCCCUGACAUUUUAGGUGUCUGUUACAGAGAAUAUAUUACUGGAUUUUUCUUUCAAUCCAGUCAGUUUAUGUCUUUUAGUUGGUAUUUUUUAAGAAGUUAGUUCAAGUCUCUUGGUAGCUCAAUUUUUAUAUAAAAUUAUUUUGAUUUUAUCCUUGUUCUUGAGAGAGGUUUGAUGGGUAUACACAUUCUAGGUUGAUCGAUUAUUUUCUGUCCACAUGGUGAAGAUAUUAUUCUACAUGGAAAGCCUCCUGUGCGUUUAUUUUUGCUACUUUGAAGAAACUUCUUUUUCUUUUGGUUGCAUUGGAUAUUCUAUCUUUGGUGCUAUGUCAUUUCCUUUUUAAGUCUAAUGGAGAUUACCUUUUGUUUAUCCUCUUUUGGAUACACACAUUUCUUGAUUCUGAAUUUUGUUGGAUUCUGAAUUUUGUCUUUCAAGAGGUCUAGAAGAUUCUGAGCCUUGUAAUAAAUACUGUCUCUUUGGAAAUUUAGUUGAAUGUGUAUGUAUUGAACUGUUUGCAGGUUAAGUACUUUUCAUCUUUCAUAGUUUUCAUUUCCUUGUUUCCCUGUCAGAAUUUACAGUGCUGGGUAAUUUUAUCAGCCAUAUCUUCUAGUUCAUCAAUUUCUCUUCAUCUGUGCUUAGUCUUCUCUAUAAUGCGUCCAUUUUUUCCCUUUUACUCUUAACCGUUUUAUUUUUUAUUUGUAAAAGUUCCACUUGGUUCUUUUUUCAGAUACAUCAAGUCUUUCUUUCAUGUUGCUUCCUCGUUUUUCUGAACCCAUGGGUAUUCUGUGGACUGUAUCUGUCAGUCCCAAUGUCUGAUGUCUUUAGGGAUCUAAAUUUAUUCCUUGUUUUUUUCUGUUGUCUAUCUCUCAUAUUGGGUUGUCACCUCCUAUGCUUGAUGAUCUUUGGUUAUGAACUCUUUGAUUGAUCUUUCUCCGUGGGAUCUUGAAAGUUUGAUUUGGAGGCCCUUUUCUUCUGAUAGGAUUUGUAUCAUGUUUGGUUGGGAGCCAGGGAGUUUACAUUGGACCACUUUCGGUGUCUUCACUUUGCUUCUGGCCCAGGGCUGUGUCCGUUGCUGCUCUUGGCAAUACUACUUGUAGCUCUUGACUCUCAGCUUUAGUUUUUAGCCAGAGGUUUGUUGCUUUUGGGGGGAAAGGGUGGUUUUAGACAUUCCUAGUUCUAUAAGCUCAGCAAAAUUUAAAAAAUUUUAGAAUCGAGGAUCUACUUUGUUUUGCAGUGAGAGUCCCCUAUUAGUUCAUUGUAACCUAUGGGUUUAGAAGUCCUUUACAUUCUUACUUGAGUGUAUUAGAAAAAAAAAAAAAAAGUCCUUCCAAGUGUAAGGUUUCUUGUGGUAUCAAAUUUUCUAUUAAAACAAGCUUAGAUCUGAGUUAAAAGUUGAGUUAUUCUCAAAAAAAUAUUGAAUAACAGUAGUAGAGGUAGCAAGUAGAUUUAGCAAAGUUUUCUAGUUAGGGAGCUUGAAUAAAAAAUUUGGCAAGUACUGAGCUAGGGAAUCAAGAUGAAUAGGGCACAGUGUACCCUCUCAGCCUACAAAGAUAAGCCUGUGAUGACCAGUGUGAGAACUGCUGUCAAAAAGAUGUGGGCAGGGUGCUCUGGGCUUAUGGAGAAGAGGUGCAGAAAGGAACUUGGUAGUAGUAGUGAGAAGAUCAGGAAAUGCUUCCCAGACUGGUAGGCCUUCGGUGGUUGUAGAACAAGGUUUGUUUAUGAAUCAGAGGCAGUUGAGUAUGAAUGUCUUCUGUGUUGCAUGUUGUGGAGUGACUGGAAAUAAAAGCAGAAACAGGAUUAUUAAAGACCUUCCAAGCUGCAGUACGAAGUUUGGACUUUAUUCUGAAGGUGAAGGGAAGCUAUUGAAUGAUUUUAAGCAGUAAAAUGUUAUGGUCAGAGUUUUAGAGAGUGCCAAGUUUGAAGGCAAAUCACCAGCUGGGAGUCUGCUUGUUAAGUUAGUUCAGAGAAGAAAAGAUGAAGCGAAAAUGAAGGUAGUGUCAUUGGCAUGAACAGGUGUAUGGGUGCUAAUUUUAGAUUUCAUAGGUGGGAAGAAACGACAGGACUUUGUGGUCAGAUGGAUAGGAAUGUUGAGAGAGACUGGGGAGUCCAGAUUGCCUCUGGAUCACUGGUUUGCUUAACCAUGUGGCAUGUAGAACAGUUGACUGGUAACAUACGGAAAGAGGAGAGAACUUCGUUUCAUUUGUUUGUUUUUGAAGAAAAAGAUAGUUUAUUUUUGAACUUAAUCUGAGGAACUUGUGGGACAUCUUGUUGACGGGGACUAUAGAGAUGCAGUGCAGCCUGGAGAAAUUUAGAGACUUCAGCAUCUGGCCGUUUCAGCCGUUGUUUGCUUCAGUGCAGUUUGAGAUAAUUUAAAGUGGCACAUGGAUUCUGUAAUAGUUAAGAACUUAAUGUGUAUGAAAAAUGUAAAUUGUAUCUCAAAUCUAUGAUAUCAUGGAUAUUACCACUUAGGCCAAGUGAGCCCAAUAAAAGAGAACUACUAAAUAAAUAAAAAUACAUGCGAUAUGUGGAAAUGGCAAAAAUCAUGGUGAAGCUGUGCAAAUGAUGGAAGUGCAGAAAGUACUAUUUUGAAGCCCUGGGUAUGGUGGAUGAGGUCACCGAGGAGAGAGUAAGCCUGAAAAAAAAAGAGAGGUGACAUUUGGGUGGCGGGGAAUGGAGAAGAAGAGCCCAUGGAAACUGAGGAAAAGCAGCCAGAAGAAUAGGAGGAAAACCAGGAGAAGAUGGUCUUUGGAGUCCAUAUGAAGAGUUCUGAGAAGGAGGAAGUGGUCAACAGCGUCAAGUGAUGAUCGGACCUGAGAAUUGCUGCGAGGAUGAAUGAGAUGGUGUAUGUGAAAAUGUUUGGUACAACGUGUGACAAAUAGCAUGAAUAGUUUGCUAGGAAGAUGGUUCUUGUUCUUCACUUCUGCUACUGUGAGGUUUUCGUACAGCGAAUUGGACACAAGAAGAAUUCAAAGAACAGGAUGGUACAGCAUGGAUGAUUUUGCCCUGGGAGAUUUCACUGUAGUAGAUGAUGCCUUGUUAGAAGAUUGCCCUUAUGUGGACGAUUGUGUCCUUGCUCCUGAAUUUAUGUCCAAUGAUUGUGUUCGCGUGACUCAACUUUACUGCAAUGGGGUGGGGAUGCAGUAUAAAGAUUUUACCCAAAGUGAGAGAAACUUAGAAUUUGAUAUCUGCAAUAUGUGGUGUAGUAAACCAGUUUCUGUCCUGCAAGAUUACUGUGAUGCCAUUAAAAUACACAUCUUCUGGCCACUUCUGUUUCAACGUCAGCACAGUUCUGUAAUAUCAAGGUUGCAUCCUUGUGUGGAGGCUGGCAAUUCUCAUGCUUCUGAGAUAAGUUUGAAGAAAUUACAACAUCUAGAAUUGAUGGAAGAUAUUGUGGAUUUGGCAAAGAAAGUUGUGAACGAUUCAUUCUUUAUUGGAGGCUUAUUGAGAAUUGGUUAUAAAAUAGAAAAUAAAAUCUUGGCAAUGGAAGAAGCUUUGAAUUGGGUGAAAUACACAGGUGAUGUAACAAUUCUACCUAAAUUAGGAGCAGUUGACAAUUGUUGGCCUAUGUUAAGUAUUUUCUUCACUGAAUACAAGUAUCACAUAACUAAAGUCAUAACAGAAAACUGCAAUUUGCUUGAAGAAUUUAAAACUCAAAAUUGUGUGGAGUGUAUAGAGCAAGGAGAACUAAUGAAAAUGAAAGGAAAUGAAGAGUUUUCAAAAGAAAGAUUUGAUAUAGCUGUUAUCUAUUACACCAGAGCCAUUGAAUAUAGACCUGAAAAUCACCUUCUUUAUGGUAACCGAGCUCUUUGUUUUCUUCGCACUGGACAGUUUAGAAAUGCACUUGGUGAUGGAAAGAGAGCCAUUAUUCUAAAGAGCAAUUGGACAAAGGGUCAUUAUCGUUAUUGUGCUGCUCUUUCUAUGCUGGGGGAAUAUGACUGGGCCCUGCAAGCAAACAUAAAAGCUCAAAAACUCUGUAAAAAUGACCCUGAGGGAAUCAAGGAUCUAAUUCAGCAGCAUGUAAAGUUACAAAAACAAAUAGAAGACCUGCAAGGUCGAACACCAGCUAGGAAUACAAUUAAAGCUUUUUAUGAAAGCAGGGCCUACAUACCUAGUUUAUCAGCACCUGCAUUUAGUACUUCACUUAACUUCGUGGAAACUGAAAAAGAUUCCAGAAAAACUAACCACGAAAUGGCAAACGGUGGUAAUCAGAAUCUAAAGGUGGUAGAUGAAGCUUUGAAGGUAGAUGAUUGUGACUGUCAUCCUGAAUUUCUACCACCGUCAAGUCAGCCUCCAAAAUAUAAAGGAAAACAAAAAUCUCGAAACAAUGAAUUGGAGAAGUUCAGUUCUACUUCACAGGGGAGUUUACCAGUAGAUUUGAAAAACAUCUUGGAAAAACAGUUUUCUAAAUCUUCCAGAGCUGCACACCAGGAUUUUGCUAAUAUAAUGAAAAUGCUGAGAAGCUUAAUCCAGGAUGGUUACACGGCUUUGCUCGAGCAGCGCUGUCGCAGUGCCGCGCAGGCCUUCACGGAGUUGCUCAAUGGUCUAGAUCCUCAAAAAAUAAAGCAAUUGAACCUGGCCAUGAUUAACUAUGUCUUAGUAGUCUACGGACUUGCUAUUUCUCUCCUUGGGAUAGGACAGCCGGAGGAAUUAUCUGAAGCUGAAAACCAGUUUAAGAGGAUGAUUGAACACUAUCCCAAUGAGGGACUUGAUUGCUUGGCCUACUGUGGAAUUGGAAAAGUAUAUUUGAAAAAGAACAGAUUUCUAGAAGCUCUUAAUCAUUUUGAGAAAGCAAGAACCUUGAUUUGUCGCCUUCCUGGAGUGUUAACUUGGCCCACAAGUAAUGUGAUUAUUGAAGAGACUCAACCAGGGAAAAUAAAGAUGCUGUUAGAGAAGUUUAUUGAAGAAUGCAGGUUCCCUCCAGUGCCAGAUGCCAUUUGUUGCUAUCAGAAGUGCCGUGGAUAUUCUAAAAUCCAGAUAUAUAUAACUGAUCCAGACUUUAAGGGUUUUAUACGAAUCAGCUGCUGCCAGUACUGUAAAAUAGAAUUUCACAUGAACUGUUGGAAGAAAUUGAAAACAACAACUUUUAAUGAUAAAAUUGACAAGGAUUUUCUGCAAGGAAUUUGUCUUACCCCUGACUGUGAAGGAAUCAUUUCUAAGAUUAUCAUUUUCAGCAGUGGUGGUCAAGUUAAAUGUGAAUUUGAACACAAGGUCAUAAAAGAAAAGGUUCCUCCAAGACCUAUUCUGAAACAGAAAUGUUCUAGCCUAGAGAAGCUAAGACUGAAAGAAGACAAAAAAUUGAAGAGAAAGCUCCAAAAAAAAGAAGCAAAAAAAUUAGCACAAGAAAGGAUGGAAGAGGACUUAAGGGAAAGUAAUCUGCCCAAAACUGAAGAGCAGAAAGAAACUGUAGACAGUGUUCAGAGUUGCCAGUUCCUUGAUGACAGAAUUCUGCAGUGCAUAAAGCAGUAUGCUGACAAGAUAAAAUCUGGUAUUCUGAACACUUCCAAGCUUCUCAAAGAAUUGCUUUCUUGGAAGGUUUUAAGCACAGAAGACUACACAACCUGUUUUUCUAGCAGAAAUUUUCUAAAUGAAGCGGUGGACUAUGUCAUUCGUCACUUGAUUCAAGAGAAGAACAGAGUAAAGACCAGGAUAUUUCUGCAUGUUUUGAGCGAGCUUAAAGAAGUGGAGCCCAAAUUAGCUGCCUGGAUCCAGAAACUGAACAGCUUUGGUUUAGAUGCCACGGGACCUUUUUUUUCUCGUUAUGGAGCAUCUCUUAAGGAGCUUGAUUUUAGCAUCAUGACUUUUCUCUGGAAUGAGAAAUACGGUCAUAAACUAGCCUCUAUAGAAGGAAAGCAACUUGAUUAUUUCUGUGAGCCAACAUCAUUGAAGGAAGCACGAUGUUUAAUAUGGCUGCUAGAAGAACACAGAGACAAGUUCCCAGCGUUGCAUAAUGCUUUAGAUGAAUUCUUUGAUAUAAUGGACAGCCGCUGUACUGUAUUAAGGAAACAAGACAGUGGUGAUGUGCCGUUUAAUUCUGCCAAGAUAAAAAAUAAAGGCAAGAAAAAGAAGCCAAAAGAUUCAAAGCCUAUGUUAGUGGGGUCUGGAACAUCUUCAGUAACCCCAAAUAAUGAGACUAUCACUUCAGGUGAAGACCACAACAGACGCAAUCCAAAUUCUGCAGGCCCAUUUGUGGUACCUGACCACCUUCGGCAAGAUGUAGAAGAAUUUGAAGCUAUCUAUGAACAGCACAGCAGUGAAUAUGUUGUCCGUAAUAAGAAGCUGUGGGACAUUAACCCAAAACAAAAAUGUUCAACGCUGUAUGAUUAUUUCUCUCAGUUGUUGGAAGAGCAUGGUCCCUUGGACAUGAAUAAUAAAAUGUUCUCUGAAGAAUAUGAAUUCUUCCCAGAAGAAACUCGGCAAAUACUAGAAAAAGCCGGAGGUUUGAAAUCUUUUCUCUUGGGAUGUCCUCGUUUUGUUGUGAUUGACAACUGUAUUGCAUUGAAGAAAGUUGCAUUACGGCUUAAGAAAAAGAGAAAGAAGAAAAACAUUAAGACAAAAGUGGAAGAAAUUUCAAAAACAGGGGAGUAUUUACGAGUUAAACUACCACUGAAUCCAACCGCGAGGGAAUUUAAACCAGAUGUAAAGUCCAAACCAGUGUCUGAGUUAUCUUCAGCACCAGCUUCUGAGGACGUGAAGCCCAAACCUGUAUCUGCUAAUUCUCCCCAACCAAUCUGUGAAGCUGUGAACCCGAAACCAGUGUCUGAUAAUUCUUCUAGAUCAGUUUCUGAGGAUGAGAAGCCCAAGGAGGUCUCUUUUGAUUCUCCCACAUCAGUGUCUGAGGAUGCCGGUCAUAAGCAAGUAUCCUGUAAUUCUCCCAAACCAGCCUCUGAGGAUGUGAAACCAACCUACUGGUCUCAACCCCAUUUGGUCACAGGAUACUGUACAUACCUCCCCUUUCGGGGGUUUGACAUUACCCAGACACCACCAACAUAUAUGAACGUGUUACCCAGUUUGCCCCAGUACACUAACAUUUAUACACCUCUAGCCAAUGUUCCUUCUGAAUAUCAGCUGCAAAGAUCAGUACCAGUGGCGCCAUCGUUUGUAGCCAGUGACAGACCAGAUGAAAGUGCUGCUGUAUAUUUUGAGGGUCCUCAUUUGAAUGCUGAGAAUACUCCUCCUGGUAACGAGAUUGCCCCUAAAACACAGAUCCUUCAGGAAUCUUUGGAAGUAUCAGUAAAGACACAGUGCAGCAUGAAUGGUGACGGUACAGCCCUCAGUGGGUCUAACAGCCAUGAAGGUCACUGUGGAAAUUCUGCCAACAAGUGGGAAGUAAAUCUAGAAAGUACCGACGAAGUAACAAAUAUUCCACAUACACAAAUGGCUGCUAUACAGGUGUCUUGGAAUAUAACACAUGAAGAGGUCAAUACUGAGCCAUAUGAUCCUUUUGAGGCACAACAGGGAGAUCUUUCACAGAUUGAGAAGGAAUACCAGGUUUUACAAGAGCAGCUUAAGGAAGCAUGUGAAAAUUAUGAGCAGAUUAAACUCAAGGUCUCGGAAGAGACCAAGGACAUGGAAGAAAAGUUGAAAAGGAACUCAGAAGAAAACAAGAUAUCAAAGACAGAAUUAGAUUGGUUCCUUGAAGAUUGGAAAAGGAAAUUAAAAAUGGGAACAAGAGAAAAAAGAAAUCCAAGAAAAUCUAAAAGCACUAAAGAAGAAAUGAAAAAGGUUCUAAAUGCAACGAAACAUAUACCCAGAAAAAUGAUGGAAAGGAUAAGGAACAUGAAUUACUUCUGGAUCAGUCCCUCGAAAUCAGUGAUACAUUUACAAAUGAGAAAAUGAAAAUAGAAGAGUGCAUAAAGAAAGGGAAAGAGAAUUAUGAAGAGAGUCUUCAAAGAGCAGUGGCUGCAGAGGUAUCUGUGCUUGAAAACUGGAAGGAGACAGAAGUG